UCUUGAUAAAGAGAAUGGAAAGUAUGAACUUUUCAGAAAGUUAAACUCUCAACAACUUGUCAUACAAGUGACAUUCAGAGACACUUGCCUUGUAUUAGUUGAUUGCCCAUCCUUUAGAAAUAUUCAUAAAUAUACAAUCCCAUACCCCACAGUUAUUUUUGCAUGUGUAAUGAUUUUCCACAAUGCCUCCGCUUGUCCAGCUGGGGUCGCUAAUGCGCCACUGAGCUGUUUGACAACACCACAAAGUAAAAGAAGAUGAAGGGAACCUGAAACAAACCUGUUGCGGGAAAAUAACAUUCUAUAUUAUUUGGACCAUUUUACUUUAUACGCCGAAAUUAUUGCAAGAACUUUAUAAUAUUAGCUAACCACAUCAACUGGAUAUUUUUUCCGUGAGUUAGCAGCGGUUUAGCCUGUUCAACAAGGCUAGCUAUGAGCGUUAACAGGGGUAGAACUUGGGCAAACUGCACAAACAAAGCCUCAGCCAGUCGGAGAGCGCACCGAACCUCCAGAGCCCACAAGGUGCUGGCUGAGAGGAACCCGCCCGUGGUGUCGGUCGGUGCCUGGGUGGAGGACGGUCCAGACUUCCUGGAGCACCCGUUUACUCUUGCUUUGCUAACGGAGGAGCUUCAGACAGAAAGGAGGAGGGAGACUGAAGAGAGCCUGCGACGGUUUCAAGAUGAAGUGCGUCACCGUGUGGCGAAGCAAGCUCAAGCCUUUAAGAAGACGCAGCUGCCUCCAUCAGAACGAACGGAGAAAUGUAACAGGAAAAUCCCACAACCACAGUAUAGGAUCUGGACCCAGCAGAUUUCUGCUGGGGAGAAGUUGAUGUCUGCUGGACGUGGCACAGAACAGAGGUUAAUGGAGGGGAGUUCUCAGGAGUCUGGUGAUGGCAUGAGGCAGGUUCGACUCAGACUGGCAGCCUGUCAGACGAUAGCCCAUGGGGAAAUGAUGUCAGACCUUCCUGGAGGUCCAUGGAACAACUCUUUAACUAAACAUAAAGAUGGAACUCUGAUGCUGAGAAGAAAGCAUGAUAUGGAGGAGCCGGAAGACGUUCAAGAAGUAGAGGACGAUUACAUUUUCACCAGCCAAAACAAAUGUCCUUUCAUUAAGGCGAGUGAACAUGAGCUGUGGGAAAGUAGCAAAUCACAACCUGAUGCUGGUUUCAAGUCCAUAGUCAGAGUCCCACAGAAUCUGUGGCCGCUGACUGACCAAGAAGAGUUAAAAAGACAGCGCCAGUCUGAGUUCCUGAUGCAGCGCCGCCUGUUCAUGAACACUGAAAGAGAGCAGGUCAAGGAGAACAAUCAACACAGGAGACACCUGAAGAAGACCACAAGGAUCAAAGCAGAGAAGGAAAGGAUUCGUCUGGAGGAAGAAAGGAAGUUAGAAAGAGCUCGGCAGCUUGCAGAGGCCCAACAGAGGCUGGAGGAGCGAGAACUUCUGAUUUUGGAGCGACUUAAACUUGAGAAGGAAGAGAGAGUCGUAGAACUGCAGAGAAGAAAAAGAGAAGAGAAGGGCAAAGAAACUGAAAGGUUCAUUGAUGCUCUGAGAGCUCAAAUAAAGGAGCGCCUGUGUCAGGAAAAGAUGGAGAUCCCUCCUCUUUGCUGUUGUGCAGCAUCUUUUUGGGACACCCACCCUGACACCUGUGCUAAUAACUGCAUUUUCCAUAACAAUCCUAAAGCCUAUUCCCAGGCACUACAUUCAGUGAUGUUGAGUUUGGAUUAGGUGUAACCGAAGCUCGUCAACUACAGUGAGAAUUAGCUGUUGAAAAGCGCUUCUUUCUGUCCUUUUAAGGCAGCAACAUUUAGGGCGAUGCCCAAAGUCGUGAAACUUUCUGCUUUUGUUUUUGUGGAGAAUAUUUUUGAUUUGUUUACCUGUUCAUUUAAUAUAUUUAAAUCUGUACAACAUCAAUGUUCUCUGUAAUACUUUGCUACUGAUUAUGAGAUUGUAUUUUAGGAUACUCAAUACAUGCAAAGGGUGAAGACAGGUUACUCAGUUAGCCAAACAUCAGGGAAGUCAGUAUGUGUGAAGAGCACAGAAAAUUUUAUUUUAGGGGUUUGCUGUUUGUGUGUGAUAUAUAAGAAUCUGCUGUAAUGUGAUAAAUAACACAACCUGUUAUUUGCAUCUUACACUGAUUUUAUUAGGUGCAGGGAUGAUAAUAUACAGUCUGUUGAACAACUGUACCUCAUUUUCAAUAAACCGCUUAAAUGCAUUUAUUUUUAA